AUGUGGCCGUACCGCUGCAUCAUGAGGAAAGAGCUCCUGCCGAUUGAGGAGAAGCCAUUCCCAGGGCCGUACAUUCCAGGAUUCACAGAGCACGUGAAAGAGGUGACAAUAUCUGAAUUCAAGAGCCACGAGAGGCUGAUGGUUCGCUAUCUAUGUGAGUGCACUGGGGCUUGCUACUCGGGACAACUCACAGUGCCCACCCAAACGAGCCACCUGAUAGCGAACGACCUUACAUCCAACUCGCAGAAGAUACAGUCAGCCAAACGAUGCAGCACCGUCAAGAUCGUGUCGAAGAUGUGGCUCAACGAUUGUAUUGCUCAAUGGCGACAUGUCCCGGAGGGCCCCUACACAAGCACUGCUGUGCCAGAAAGCCCAGAGGAGAAUGGAGUGUCAUCAGAUGCUGCCAGAGCACAAAUCCUAGCAACGCCACAGAUGCAGCAAGAAUCCACAACUCCGUGUGAAACAGAAGUCGUAGGGAAUCGGCUGGAAGAAAUUCCCAAAGACUCCAAAGCUGCUGGGCACAAAAUGGACGAAGGUCCUAACAGCAAUGUCUCUUGCAGACCUGAGAAGGCAGUAGUGCCUGAAAGAGGGGAGGGUGAGGCUGUGAGGGACACAUCACUAGAGGCCCACGAACAUCCCCCCUGUAAUGAUGCAGAGGGCAGCAUCGGCAGCAAGAUGCCUCAAGGGGCUUCAGAGAUGGUGUCCUUUACAUGCGGAGCAGCAUCUGAAGGCCUUGACGGCCUGCAACAGGUGGGCAUGGCAGCUGCCACCAUCGGCCAGUUGGAUUUUCAGCUGACUCCUGCAGUGGAGCCCACUCCAGAGAUUCCUGCUACUGAGGCUGUGGACGAUCCCAGUAUAGGCACCGAAGUACAAGGCAUGGAUUCAGUCAGGCAGUCUGGGGAUCAGAAUCUGGGGCAUUCAGAUCCUUCUGGUAAUCCAUGUGCUAUGCAGACAGCUCCCAUAAGCGAGAGGCCUGGUAGUCCACCUACACCUGCAGACCUGCAGGAGGCGCCCAACGUGUGUCUUGAUGAUGCAAGGGAAACUGCAACCACUUCUCCUGGCAGCACUGCAGGGGAACAUAAGGGCGAUGCUUCAGAUGGGAAUUUGAAUGUGGAGGAGAGAAUUGUUGGGACUGCAUCCGCUGCAGAUGACAAAGCAAAGCCUUUUCACUGUGCAGAAGAUGGUACUGCUGGGGAUUCGGUGGUGGCAAAAGCGCAUAGGACAUGUGCCAAGGGAGCACAGCAGCUGCCUACAGGAAGCGAUGCCCCAGGACCGGCUGCAAAUGGCCUUUGUGAACAUGGGGGAGAUGGUGCUGCAACAGGCAUGGCAAGAAGGAAGUGGAAGGCGCCAAGAAUGUCGGGAAGUGCAUCAUCUGGAAAGCAAAGGGACACACCAAAGGGGACUUCAGGCGACUUGGAGGAAACUGGGAGGCCCACAACAGGCAAGCGAUCAGCUGUGGAGACAGGUGCAGAUGGCGAACAUGGGGGGCAGGGUGCUGGGCAGGAGCUUUGCACCAGCCAGGAACAGAACGGGCUGGUGGAGCACCAGCCCUCAACGUCAGGGAGGCGAAAUGCUUUCAAGAAAGCCAAGAGAGGUGCAGAAACACCAUUGACUGUGCCACAAAGAGCUGCAAGGAAGAGUGGGCUGAGGGGUGGGAAAGAGAUGGCAAAAAGGGAGUGUGGCGACACGGCGGGGGCAGAAGCUAGCAAUUCCAAGAGGUUGCGAAUGUCAGAUGUGGGGCCCAGAGCUGAAAAGAAGGACAUGGUGGUGGCUCUCAGUGGGGUACACUCAUCGCAAAGGCUGCGGUACUCAGGAGUCCUGGCUGGUCUUCACGUUCAGUGCACCUCCGGUGCCCACGAUGCAAAACAUCAGUGGGUGAAUAGCAUCACACACAUAGUGUCUCCAUCACUGAAGAGGAAUGAGAAGACUGUGUGUGGAAUGGCUGCUGGCAGCUGGUUUGUCAGCACCGGCUACGUUGAAGCAUGUGCCAGGAAACACAGAAUGUUGGACCCUGCUGACUACGAACUCCAGAAAGGCAAAGAAGAUGCAAUAUCCAAAGGGGCUCCUGCGCAUUGGCGCACUCGAAGGGUGCUGACAGGUGCAGGCGCCUUUGAUGGCAUCACCGCAGUCAUUUAUGGAAAGGUGGGGCCACCCGGUGAAGAGACGAUUCGGCGCAUCAUAUGUGCCGGUGAUGGACGUGUUGUGAAACACCCGUCUUCCUUGUCAUACGAAAGCCAGGGGAUCAAUCUUGCUGUGGUGGGCAAAGAAAAGCCAAAAUCGGACAGAGUGGUGAAGCAGCUGUUGGACUCUGGAGUGCUCUGUGUGAGCACAGACUACAUCAUCGACUGGGUAUGCCACCCUUCAAAGGCCCUAUCCAUGCACAGGCUCUUCGGCACCUCUCCAUCGCCAUUGUUGAAGACGCUGGAAGAAGGCAGAAUGAGCAAGGAGAAAUGCGAGAUGCUGGUCUCGUGCAAAACCUAG